GCCGUAAGCACAUACAUUUUAAAAUCAUUUGUGGUCUUCAUCUGAGUUUUCCAGCAUGUCUGUCCUGUGUUUCAUUGCUACUCUGAUGGCCCUUUUGUCAGUUACCGUCUCUGACUUGACUGAGUUUAAGAAAUUUAUUGUUCAGUUUAACAAGAGCUACAAGAGCAAAGAAGAGUUUCAAAGAAGACUGCACAUAUUCUCGAAAAACAUGAAGGAGGCAAGACAUCUCCAGAAAUUGGAGCAUGGUACAGCAAAAUAUGGGGUGACCAAGUUUAGUGACCUCACAGAUGAAGAAUUUAAUAUCUAUAAUAGUCCAGUAGAAGUUUCUUCACCACCCUCAAUGAAAAACAUAACAAUAAAUGCAACAAUCCCACGAACAUGCGACUGGCGUAAGAGCGGAGUGAUUUCACAGGUCAAAAACCAGGGAUUAAGAUGUGCGUCAUCUUGGGCAUUUGCAGUCGUUGGCAACAUUGAAGCAAUGUGGGGCAUCAAUGGACAGCCUAAAAAUUUAUCAGUGCAACAGGUCAUAGACUGCAAUAAAUGUGGUGAUGGUUGUAGAAGAGGCUACCAGUGGUAUGCAUUUCGGACUGUCUUGGAGCAAGUAGGUUUAACGAGCUCUAGCAUUUACCAAUAUGUUGGAAAGAAGAAUACGUGUAAGACGGAUGUUAGACCAGAAGGGUGGAUCGCGGGUUUUAAAAUGCUUUCACAAAAUGAAGCAGCAAUGGCUAAAUACCUUGCUCAUGAAGGGACUGUGACUGUGGUUGUUAACAAAGCACCACUCAAGUUGUAUCAAAAGGGGGUGAUACAUCAACCAAAUUGUAACAAAAUACAUGGGGACCAUGUGGCUUUAAUCGUGGGAUACGGAAACGGGAAUUCCAAGCCAUACUGGAUCCUGAAAAACAGUUGGGGAAUUGACUGGGGAGAGAAGGGCUAUUACAGAUUAUAUAGGGGCGAGAACAUAUGCGGCAUCAACAAAUACCCAUUAGUUGCCUUAUGGGGAUCGAAGAAAAAUAAACACAAGUGUCCUCAAUAGCCGACCCAUAACAUUGUAAUAUGAUUCUUUUAAUUCUGCACCAAAUAAUAUUAAUAAUGAAUAUGAACAUCAUAUAUAGAGCUGAUGUUACUUAUUUCGAUGGGAAUAACUACUAAAAAAAUAAGAAAUAUUAAAUGAA